AUGCGGCUGCUUCAAAAACGGCCGGAGAGUCGACCCAGUGCCUCCCAAGCCCUCGGCUUGCCCGGGCUGGACGAUGUGGAGAAAAUCCUGGGGAUCUAUCGCGGGGCCUUGGAGAAGAAAUCUGACAAGCAGCAGCGCAAGAAGGCCCGCGAAGAAGACGCCGCCUCAGGGAAAAAACCCAGACGUCCGAGUCGGUCGAGCAGCAGCGAGCUCGACAGCAGUGGGAGUGGCAGCAUGGCCGGGCUCCGCGGCAUCAACUUGGCAGAUAUCGCAAGGAGGCAGACUGGCACUUCGGUUCCUGCGGUGGCUGAAGGUCCGGUGGAAACAGACGAUGAGGAAGAAGAGGACGUAGAAGAAGAAGAAGAAGCAAAGGACGAAGAUGCGUCGCUUGGCAGCGAGUCGUCGGAGGAAGGACUUUCAGCAAGUGACGAAGAGGUUGCCAAGAAGGAGCCCGCGGCGAACGAAAGCAGUGAUUCGUUGGACUCGUGGCGAGGUGGUGUCCAUGUGGCAGAGCCCGGAGACCUGCAGCUUCCAGAGCAAACGGCGUGGCCUGCAGCAGCUUCAGGCGAUGGAGUCGGUGAGCAAACUUUGCCUAGUGCCGGCACCUCACGGUACGAGUAG